UCCCGACGACACACCCAUCAUCAAUAUAUCCUUCUUUGGAACUUGUGGUUUGAUUAACAUCUGGCAGUCUCUGAUCAGAUUGCGCAUACUUCUUUGAUUUGUCACAAUGUCUUUCGAUCAGCUAUCCUCCCUGGAAGCUCAGCAGCGACGGGGAGAUAACGGCCGCGGAUAUGUCGACGACCCCGACUUCCAGCGUGUUUCGCAAGACAUAAACAACAAGCUAUUUAAAGUAAACGGCAACAUUUCAAGACUCAGCACAGAGAUUAGCCACCUGGGUACAAGGCGAGAUACAGCGCGUGUCAGGGAAAGGGUUCACGACUUGCUGGAGGAGUCGAGAGAAAUAUUCAGGCAACUUGGAGAGGCCGUCAAGAAACUCCAAUCAUGGGAAGACGUUACGCCCACCCAAAAGUACACACAACAAAAGGCUUCCCGCGAAGUGCAAGCCUCUCUACAAGAGUUCCAGAGCCUUCAAAGAAAGGCCUUGGAGAAACAAAGAGCAUCCGUGAGCGCCGCAAAAGCAGUGACAGACGAAGAGGGCGGCGCUCGGAGCACCGGGGAGGACGGGCAAUAUCUCGAACAACAACAGCAACAGGAAGUCCUCAGGCUUGCACCCCAGGACGAGGUGGAUUUCCAGGAAGCUCUUAUCAUCGAGCGCGAAGAAGAAAUACGUAACAUCGAGCAAGGCGUCAACGAUCUCAACGUUUUGUUCUCACAAGUUGCACAGAUCGUAUCGGAACAGGGCGAGCAGCUCGACACCAUAGUCGACAAUGUCGAGAAUGUGAGGACAGACACCAGGGGUGCUGACUAUGAGCUGCGCAGCGCCGCGAGGUAUCAAAAGAAUGCCCGGAGCAAGGCGUGCUGCUUGCUCCUGAUUCUGUCGGUUAUUCUGACGAUUGUUUUGCUUGCAAUUUUCCUUGGAUGAGGAUCGAGUGGUUGCGGAGCUGUGCUCAUUUGUUAUAUUUAUGGCCGCCACGGACACUUCAGUGCACCAGAAUGCUAUUUUUCUCAUGACACUGCAGCGUCACUGUAUAAUCUCAUCCAUCAGCUGGCGUUCGUGGAGUCUUCUGUCAUUAUUCUCUUUGUUAUUAUACACCUUCUUAGUCGGUUUACAUAUCUACCUAGCUUUCUCUACCUAGCUAUCUUUGAACAGUGCGUUUCAGUCAAAUACACUUCCACGCCUCGUGAUCUCUUUCUCCGGCCGUGGCAUCAGCACAACCUGGUUAUGACCCUUGCAGGGACCUGAUUGGGAGGGCGCUGGUACUGGCAAGUGCCGACGAAUUAUGAACGUGAACAGGUUGGAUAUGAUUGAGGAGCAGAUCCAGUACAGAUGUAAAGCCGCCGGGAGGUCCAUAGUAGCAGGGGCAAUGGCUACCGAACAAAUGAGCAAUAUGCGCCGUAAUCGUUGCUUGGGGAUGAUUCCGGUGUAGACACCUGGUACUGGCUCUCCCCCGAGUAGCUCCCGGGCUGCUUUUACACUCGUAGGAACGAGCCCGAUGUUUGCUGCGAUGGCAAAGGAGAGAAGCCAUGGCAAAAUAUAGUAAGGAUCGGCGACUAGCAGAUCAGGAAACCAGAGAAGCCCUCCCGUUGCCAGGGUCGGUUCUAGUGUCGUAGCAGCCGGGACGGCGACGUCCGCUACCGUACUUAUACUGGCUGCAGAUACAGGGUCUACUGCAGUGGAAGCAGCAUUGGACAGCGAGCCCGGAGCCGAAGAUUGCGCGGCGAUGGCAGUCGAACCAGUUACCUUGUCCUUGAAAAACAAGGCCCCCAACAAUCCUGUGGGACCACCACACAGUCUUCUGAAUGACUCCAUGACGCCAAGCCAUAUUGGAAGUGUGAACGCGCUACCGUUCAGCUUCCAUGUCUGCACGCCAAGGUCGCGGUAGAUCUUGUUCAGCCUCUUAACAAGCUUCUUUCUGAUUUCCUUGUCAAGCUGCGUCGUCGACUUCCCCGGUGUCGAAGGUGUCGACUUGACCAAGCGAGCGUACCAUGCAUGAACCAGCGGCUGGAGCUCAGAGCGCCGCUGGGAGAUGCGUCUCGCGUGUAUGAAAAACGGGAGGCGAGUGAGAUUGACGCCAAAGGCCACCAGGGCGAUGGUGAUGUACCAUGGUGUCCCGGUGAUGAAAUGAAGUGCAGUGAUGAACUCUUGAGUCUGCGUAACUGCAGUUUCGACAAAGGUUCUUUUUGGUGUAAAUGAGCCCAGCGUAUGCCCGACCCUAGGCGUGACCACUCUUGUUGAGUGCAGUGGGCUGAGGUGUGGCCAGGCUCGAUUGAAAGAAUGUGGCAAUGUGCCUUUGAACUGGCGGGGAAAUUGUCCCCGUAGCAUCGUUAUCACAAUUCAAGAGCCCAUGAGACAACCAAAUGGCUGUCUUGAGCUCAUAUGGUCAAUGAGUGUGGCUAUG